UUUACCAUUUGUAUCCAUUACUGGAACCAACAACGGACAGCACAGGACCUGCCGCUUAACAGCAAAAUGAACUCCAUCAUAUCUACAUAUAUCUUUGUCUCCCUUGCCAUUGCUGCCGUUCAGUGCCAGCAAUUUCAGCGAGCGCCGAUGUGUCCCGAGUUUCUGUCUCGUUACGAAAGCGAGAAUUUGGUCAUAACUCUUGACGACGAGUGUGACAUGGUCGUUGGUACACAAUACGUUACCAGGCACAGUGAUUCGAAUGUUAAUGUGCCAAACACCGGAAGUGACGUAUUUACACCUGCGAGAGGAUUCUACCUCCCGGUUGUGACAUAUAGAAGGCCCGAAAACUUGACAUCAACCGACCGCGUGUGUCCGCCAUACACUGUUCGAUAUCUGGGACCCCGUGUCGUUGUAGAUACUGUCCCCAAUACUUGUCAAAAGGUGAUUGGAAUAAAGACUUUCCAGUCCACGAUAUCAGGAAACGGAUCCCAGGGACCUCUAGGCAUGAUGGUGGUAGCGAGAGCGGUGUUUGAAAAUCUGGAAGAAUUGCUGUAAAGAGACGAACGGACAGAUGGUACAUACCACGGACAGAUGGACAGACAUGGUUCCUGGUAAACAGCAGCAAGGAGAUUAUUCAUCAUGAACGCGAGAAAUCUGAUGUGUGAAAUUCAUUGUAGAAUUUCAUUUAUUUUUGAUAAAUUUUGUUUAUUAUCAUUG